UGUGCACAACUAGGACAGGCUGAUUUAUGGUUCCGCGUUACACCAAGUUCGCAGCACAACUUCUGGUAGAUACUCAAGGAGAAACGUGUAGUGAUCUCCUCCAACAGCUCGGUUUGUUAGGUGUUAGUGCAGGUGGUGCAGUGUGUGAGAGUGGAGAUGAGGCUCUGCGGGGUUCUGUGUGUGUUCCUGCUGGGUGUUGCGGGGUCUGGGGCUGACACCCCGGCCAACUGCAGCUACCAGGACCUGGUGGGGACCUGGGUGCUCCAGGUGUCCCGGGGGGGGCACGACAGCACGGUCAACUGCUCCAAUCAAGCCACAGGUGAAAACACAGUGACUGUGACACUGGACAAACUGUCUGUGGCCACAGAUGAGCUGGGAAACACUGGCUUCUUCACGCUCAUUUACAAUCAAGGCUUUGAGGUGGUCAUUGGAGGAUACAAAUGGUUCGCCUUCUUUAAGUACACUCAGGACGGCCCUAACGUGACCAGCUACUGUGACCAGACCCUGCCAGGGUGGGUCCAUGACGUCCUGGGACAUAACUGGGCCUGUUUUGUAGGAAAGAGGGCAAACCCAGUGCCGACCCGAACGGAUUACAAACCGCUACUCGGCAGCAGGCUCCUCCAGAAACCGUACACGCACAACCUGGACUUCAUUGGUUUAAUCAACUCUGUACAGAAAUCGUGGAAGGCUGUGCCAUAUUCUGAACAUGAAACAUACACUUUGCUGGAGCUUCAUCACAGAGCAGGGGGGCCUGCCUCCCGUGUCCCUAAGCCUGUUCGCAGCAGGCCUGUGACAGCUGAUUUAGCCAGGAUGGCAGCAGCUCUGCCUGAACGCUGGGAUUGGAGAACUAUUGAUGGCGUUAACUUUGUCAGCCCUGUGAGAAACCAAGGAUCCUGUGGUAGCUGCUACUCUUUUGCCACUAUGGGGAUGCUUGAAGCUCGUAUUCGAAUCCUCACAAACGGCAGCGACGCUCCCAUCCUCAGCCCCCAACAAGUGGUGUCCUGCUCUGAAUACGCUCAAGGUUGUGAUGGAGGGUUCCCAUAUCUGAUUGGGAAGUACGUACAGGAUUUUGGCAUUGUGGAUGAGUCGUGCUUUCCGUACAUUGGAAAGAACUCUCCCUGUGGCGUUCCUCAAAAGUGUGGCCGAAUGUACGCUGCAGAGUACGGCUACGUGGGGGGAUUUUAUGGCGGCUGCAGUGAAGCGGCCAUGAUGCAGGAACUCGUCAAGAACGGACCUAUGGCAGUAGCCUUUGAGGUCUACUCUGACUUCAUGCACUAUAAGGAGGGAAUCUACCACCACACAGGCCUCGCAGACCCCUUCAACCCCUUCGAGCUGACCAACCAUGCUGUGCUGCUGGUGGGCUACGGCCGCUGCCACAUGACGGGACAGAAGUACUGGAUCGUCAAGAACAGCUGGGGCACCGGCUGGGGCGAGGACGGCUACUUCCGAAUUCGCAGGGGAAGCGAUGAGUGCUCUAUCGAGAGCAUUGCGGUAGCAGCCAAACCCAUCCCCAAACUUUAAAGGCUGGAAACUCUGGAUAGAAGAAAACAGGCUGCCUUGAUGAUUAGUUUGCAGAGUAUAAAUCAGAUAUAUUCCACAUUUACACUAGGAUGUCUGUUUUUCAACAUGUGCCUGAAGGAGACAUUUUCUCCCUCAUUUUAGACAUCAGGUGGAGUUCAGAAAGAUUUCACGCUAACAUGAAUAGUUGCUGAUUUUAAGCUUUAAUGUGAUCAUUCUGAAACCAGAAUCUCAAUCAGAAUUUGUUCAGGGUGUACAUUUCAAACAUUUCUAAUCAAAAAAUUUGCUUUUUUUUUUUUUUUUUUUUUUUUUUUUAAUAUAAUCAUGUAGCCUACCUGUUGUCAAAUUUACUGCCAAGGUUUACUGCCAUGAUCUAAAAUCAUGUUGUUGACUAUAUAUUGGUCAAACAUUGAUGAGGGAAAAAAGCAACACAAAACUACUUCACAUUGUGCAAAAAUGUAUUUUAUGGAGUUAUUCUUUUUUUAAGUUUCUCAACAAGCCAUUAGUUUACUGGUUUUCUAUUUUUUUGAAAUUUUAAUUGAAGGGACUUUUUUUCCUCUUGAUGUGGUUUAAAGGUGAACUGUAACUUGUGAUCUGGUAUGUUUCUUUUUUGUCUUUGUGUGCUGUUUUCGUCCAUCACCCAUUAGCUGCCUGUUGGCUUCAGGCCGUAACUGCCAGUACAGCCUCACAAUGAAUCGGAACAAACUGUGACAGGUUUAAAAGGGAAUUUGGGAAUAUUGAUUGUUUGCCAGUGCACAACGAGGAUCUAUCUCGCUCAGGGAAGCACAGAGGAGAAUUGGUGUAUGAAUUGUUUGCUGUGUUGUGUUCCUUGAAGAGCAUUUGAAAAGGAUUUUUGAAUUAAAAAAAGGGAUUAAUCUUA